AUGUCUCGGCCACCAGGGAGGAAGCAGGAGAACCACAAAAUAAGCAGAGAACUUUUUGUAAUCACAUACGGGGCUUUGGUAGCCCAGCUGUGCAAGGACUAUGAAAAAGAUGAAGAUGUCAACACCUGUUUAGAUAGAAUGGGAUAUGGCAUUGGCAUAAGGCUGAUUGAUGAUUUUUUAGCUCGUUCAGCUGUGAAGAAGUGCCGCAGUUAUUCUGAAACUGCAGACAUGAUUGCACAGGUCGCUUUCAAGAUGUACCUUGGAGUCACUCCUCGUGUGAGUUGCACUAGUGCUGCAGGAAACGAAUUCUCUUUAAUCCUGGACAAAAACCCACUAGUGGACUUUGUGGAGGAGCUCCCAGCAGAACGAGCAUCACUUUGCUACUGUAACCUUCUCUGUGGGGUGAUUCGAGGUGCCUUGGAAAUGGUUCACUUAGCAGCAGAAGUUACCUUCCUCCAGGACAGGCUGAAAGGUGAUGCGGUCACAGAAAUAGGAAUCACUUUUUUAAGGAAGGCUGAAGACAGAAAGCACAAAAGAAAUAAAUGA